CCCAGGAAGACGCAGGUUUUACAUUUACAACCAAGUGCUAGACGUCCUUUCUAAAUACUGGAUCCCAAAUGAUAAGGCCCCCAAAUAUUCUAAGGUCGCUGUUGUUGUAUCGUGGGGAGCUUUCUUCCUGAGAAAAUGCCAACCACACAGAAAACCUUGAUGUUCCUGUCUGGCUUUCUCACAAGCCUGGGCUCAGUUGUCGUCAUCUGCUCCAUUCUUGGGACACAGGUGUGGAUUACCAGCAGGAUUUUCUUCACAGAUGCUAUCUCCAACGGUACCAUUGUUAUUACCUAUGGACUUUUCCGUGGUAUGAGUACUCAAGAUUUGAAUGAAGGUCUUCAAGAUCUGGACAAAAACUUUGAAGUUUUAGGGACAUUGAACAAUUCUUCCCAGAAGUCUCUGCACCUGGUGGCCAUCCUCCUCCUGAUCCUGAGUCUGGCGGCUUCCGUGCUGAGCUCAGUGUUCACCUUCUACAACAGCAUCAGCAACCCUUACCAGACGUUCCUGGGACCUAUGGGCGUCUACACCUGGAAUGGACUCAGCGCGUCCUUUGUGUUUCUGGCCAUGGUUCUGUUCGUGGGGAACACCGAGUCCAACCAUCUCUCAGAAAAGCUGUCCCAGAGGCUUUAUCCAGAGACCAGUCACAAGACAACGACCCACACUUACAGAUACUCCUUUUGGCUCACCCUGCUUGUCAUCUUUCUCAAUAUUGUCACCGUGGUCAUCAUCAUUUUCUAUCAGAAGGCCCGAUACCGGCAGAAGCAGGAGCAGAGGAAGCCAGUGGAGUAUGCUCCGAGGGAUGGCAUUUUAUUCUGAGUCCUGUCUCAUAGCCCAUUUGCACUGUCUCUGCCAAACUGGCUCUCGCUCCUCUGGACACUGCAUGGCAGAGCAACUGUCAGGUGCCAUUGCUUCUGGAACCAUGACACCAUGUCCUGCCUAUAGAUGGUGCUUGUAUCUUUCUCCAUGGGCAUCCUCCUGAAAAGAGCUUUCUCCUAAGAUCAGGAAAAUGACUGGGAAAGGCUGUGGUCUAGAGUACUCCAAAAGAGGGUAGUCUAGGGCCUGCAGGCCCUUCUCAUUUGACCCUGUUAUCUGCAGUAAUAAAGGUCUGUGGGGUGUUUUGCCUUUCCUGUGACUAGAUUAACAGAUUAUAGCCCCUAUGACCUUGUCCUCUGGAAUGAUCAGGCAUUUUGCUCCAUGAUAAGUAUAAAGAUUUUUAGGUAGAGAAGCACUCUGAACUUAUUUUUCCACUCAUAAGUUAGAUACAGAAGGAUAAAGGAUGGGAAGACCUCGUGUUCUGGUCCCUUGGUGGCUGUUGUAAGGAAAAGGGAUGGGACGAUCCCAUGUUCUGGUCCCUUGGUGGCUGUUGUGGUUUCCAGGUUUAGUUCCUUCAAUAAGGGCUAGACAUUUGCAGAAGUUGGGACUUGGGAAGCCAUGCAUGAACAGAUUAGAGGUAAAAUAUGGUCUCUUCCAGUAAAUAGAAAGUCAGAAAAAUAGCAAAAGCACCAAAAUGUAUUCUACAUGGUUUUCCAGCAUGACAUUUCCUUUUUAAAAGAUCUAAUUGAGAAGCCUUCAGCCUGGACUACCCUGUAGGCUGCCAUAGUGAAAACUGACAGACCUGAAAAAUGAUCCCCUUUCAUGUGUUGAUGAAGUCUUAAAAUGGUAGCUCUAUGACAAGUGGUGGAUCUUAUGAAGCUCAAAGAUAAGUGGCCUUCAACACUCAAAGAUGUGAGCUGGGUCCCCACAGUGUUGACAGCAGCACGCUGGGAGCUCACCCUUGUGGUGUUUAUUACCAGACAGACAAGACAGACAUUUAAUUAGCUCUUACUUGACUACUCCAAUUAAAACAGUUGCUUAGGGGUGGAGGUCAUCCCUCCACUGUAGAACACUAAGGUGCCUAGAGUGUGACAGGCCCUGGGUUCCAUCUCUAUCUCCGUAAAAAACAAGACAAGCAGGUAAUGACAAAAUUGUGCUUGUGUUCUGAAAGGAUGGAUCUCUAUCAUGCUCUCCCGUGAAGACCUACUAAUUCAAGAUUACUCUUACUUAAUACAUUAUUAAAAGUUUACUAUGCUAUUUUCUUUGUGAGUGUGCAUGCACAUGUGAUGAUUUGUGUGUCUGUGUGUCUCUUUGUGUAUGGAGGUCAGACGACAAGCUUCAAGAGUGGAGUCUCUCCUUCUUCCAUGCGAGACCUGGGGUUUAAACUCAUGUCAUCAGACUUGGUGGCAAGCCCAUUUACCCACUGAGCUGCCUUGCGGGCCUGCUACUAAAUUAUUAUGAAGUUUGGGUUUGGGAAGCAAUGGCUUAGUGGGUAAAAGUGCUUGUCACCAAGCCUGAUGACCCUGUCAUUCCCCAUCACCUACACAGUGAAAGAGCUGACUCCUACAAGUUGUCCUCUGACCUCCAGGCAUGCACUGUGGCAUGCGCAUGCCCAUAGGCCAAUCAUA